AUGGUACGGUUUCGACCAAAACCACCCCCAACCGGUGUCAUUCCUGCCACUACCAUCCUCAGAGGUAUGACUCGUCGCCCUAGAGGCCGACCCGCGCGGGUUCCCAAUUCUCCAUCCCCUCAGCCAUCAGCAGACCUUGGAGACCCGCUUGCACCCGUCACAUCACAAUCAGGCAUCGCUCCAUCAUCCAUUCCAGCUGUCUCAUCCCAAGAGUCUGCACCCCUUCACUCCUCCAGCCCUGACGUCAAGCCUCAAUCAAACGUGGGUGAUGCACCAGAUCCCUCACCCGGCUCUCCCAAACAUAUAGCACCACGCAAACGCACUCUCUCAUCCCCCAGCAAUCCUUCCAUCAAGUCAAGAAGGACACAAACAACCAGCUCCCCGCAGUCUGCCGACCAUAGUGGCUAUCAUUCGUGGAUGGCACGCUUUCACGAUACGCCAGACAUUCGACUGGCGGGAGAUAUGUCCGGAUACUGGCCACUUGAUGACCCAGACGGUAUCUUCCAAACCUUACAACCCCUUAGGGAAGUAGUACCAACUGCCCGGGUUCAGAUCAGUACUCGCUUUCUCCGAACCUCCAAGUGGGAUUUGGACGUCGAUCAGGGAUAUAUCUUGGCCGAUUCUUCGAACAACUGCCUCUACCGAGGAGCCACACUGGAGUGGACGGACGGACCUGGUUUGUGGCCAAAUGACAUACGCGCUCGUCGUGUAGAAGUGACGAUCAAUGAGCAGGAUUUCCGAGCACACCCCAGUCGACUCAUCUGGCGUGUUGGCUUCUCUUGCACACACGAGAUGUUUGAAUUUGCCAAGGCGGCCUCACAACGACGAUCCAAUCGAAUCGAUCUGCAUGCUCAAGAAGAUAAGGAGGAACCAGAUACCCAAGUCCCCGGUGAUAUGACCGAUCCGUUCUUCAAUGACGAGCUGGAUGACGACAACGAUUUUGGUGAAGAAGAUGAUGGGCCUGGCGAUGAAGAAGACGAUCCGGAUGGUGAUGGAGAAGAGGAGGAAGAGGGUGAUGACUCUCUUGGUGAUCAUCCUGUUACUAAGAAAGAGGGCAAGAUCAAAAAGCCUCGUAGGCGUCGCUCUUGUCGGACGUUCCUCGUAGUUGAAAUGACUGCCAAACAAUGCCGGCAAGGGGUGUGCACUGUGAUAAAGAAGUCUGAGGAAUAUCAUCCUCCGGUCUCCAACCUCUCUGACCUCCGUGUAUCGCCAUACAUCCGGCGUAUUCUCCAUGAAGCCUCCAUGGGCUUCGGUAUGACAACGGCUCGACUUCAGGAAUGGUAUUCUCGAUCCAUCAUGUCUACGGACUCACACGUCAGAUGGAUCAAGACAAAUUGUCCUCAUCGUGGGGCUCGCUUGAAGGACUUCAAGCAAGCUUUGGAAACAGCCGCAUCUGUUAUCAAAAUACAUUCAAGUCCUCUAGCUGGUGUAGCCAUACUUGGGAAAAGACACCCAGAAUGUUUCAUUGCCUCAGAAUUUCCCCCAAUCCUAGACGACAAGACAGUCAAGAAGCUUCCCAAAGAUUCGCGUUUUCAAUGUGUCAUUGCUCCUCCUGCUGCCCGAGUCACCGCAAUCCUACAGGUGUACCAAAAAGGAUUAUACAUGGACUCUUCGUGGCGGAACAAGAAUGCGUUCCGAUGCCCUUUGACACUCCUGGUCACCUUGAACCAGUACCAUAGGAUGGUACCCCUGGCUGCUAUGGUUUCCAAUCAUGCGGACCAGGCAGCUUAUGAGUUUCUUUUAUCGAACUUCAAUCGAGCCGUUCGUGAGACCGCACUGGAAAUCCUCAAUGGUACAUACACCGUGGACCACCUGGGCGUAUCCGAAGAAGAUUUACGAGAGGCAUGUCAAGCGGUAGUUGAAGAUGGUCUCAUUCCACGAUUCACUAUGACGGAUGGAGAUGAGGCCGAGCGCGCGGCAAUCAAUGCCAUCUACCCUGGAAUAGCCGUUCGAGUUUGCCAAUUCCACAUGAUGCAGGCAUGUCGCUCUAAGAUUCGAAGAAUUUUUGGAAGAGACCCCAGGGUCAAUGAAAUCACUUCAGCAAUUCUCAAUGCAGUACGACGGUGUCAGAGAUGCGAUGAUGAGGAGCUUUGGCCCCAGUAUUUUGGAAAUUUAGAGGACGAAGUAAACACUUUAGCUGAAGACGAAGGCGAGGCCUGGGAAGUGCUGAGGGAAUACCUUGAACGGGUAUGGUUCAGCCCUCGGUGGAUCCGUCAUACAGUCGAUUACGCCAUGCCCUCUCAUAUCACCAGAGAUGGGCCUUGGUCCACCAACAACUAUUCGGAAGCAGCGUUUCGGACAUUCGAUCGGGUGUUUUUAGGUUGCCGUUCCAAUAGAAGACUCGACCGACUUAUUGCCAUUCUCAUAUGCGCAUACUUCCCCUUUUACGAAAAUACACCUCCAGAACAACCCCGUGCGGAUCCCAAAUUACAGCGCCUCUUGUUUGCAGCUAUGCACGUUUGGGAGAUAGAUGGCAUACGACCCUGCCCGGUGGAUCGUGUUCCAGAAGACGAACGUGAUCAGUUUGGAGGUACUGUCUAUUGUGUGCUUUCCGCUCGUCGAAAUCUAGAUCCUGGCUCAGCCAGCUUUUGUGGAAGGAAAGCGCGGAGUGACAGGGAGGCCUGCACUUGUCAGUACCCGUCUCUCACCGGUAAACGCUGCAGUCAUCUGUGGGCAAUGAGCCUCUACGAGCUCUGUGGACCGAUCACGGAAUUCGAAGAGAAUUCCGCUGUGGUGCAAGACUUCCUACGUGAUGGAUAUGAUCUACUGGAUCUCCAAGAACCUGUUCGGGUUGAUGAAGACCCUUACUACAAUGAUCGUCAGGAAUUUGAAGAGUAUUGGGGUCAGAACGUGGCUGAACUAUCAAAUCUGUCAACAAUUUCACUUCAAACCGAUGAUCCCCAGCUUGAAACAGAUGAUCCUCAGCCGUCUGUAACCGACCUCCCAAUGACUAAUCAUGAAAGUGAAUUCAUAACCCAAGCUAUGUACGCACCCUCACCCCCAGUGUCUAGAAGGGAGAUUACCCCUAUAGGACGCCGAUAUCAGGCUGGAUCACUUCGUACCCGCCAUGAUGAGAACACAAUUCACAUCGGGAAUGACGAUAUACAUUUUGUCCGUCCAGAGCAAUCACAUCUGAAUGGUUCAACACAUGUUCUUGGUGGACAACAAUCGACAUAUCAGUGGUUUCCAGAGCUUCACAGUGUUGUAUCCGAAGCACAUUACUCCUCUGAAAGUCACCAUCUCCAUUCGGGUACCGUCAAUAGCGAUCAACAAGCCACCAAAAGUACCGAAUGGCCAACCGAAUGGAUGUCAGUACCUGAACAGCCGCCUACGGCUCCCGAAUGGCCAAACGAAUCGAUGUCAGUACCUGAACAGCCGCCUACGGCUCCCGAAUGGCCAAACGAAUCGAUGUUAGUACCUGAACAGCCGCCUACGGCUCCCGAAUGGCCAACCGAAUCGAUGUUAGUACCUGAACAGCCGCCUACGGCUCCCGAAUGGACCAAUGCCUUUGCCGAACAGAGUCUGGAAGCUGCCGAACGACCAGAAACAUUGCUCCCAAUGCCGGACCAAGUUGUGGUAUCUCCCGAAUGGACUCACAAUUUACCACCUGUCCCCGACUGGAUGGGUGCGUCGAUGGUAGGCGCCGAGGCAUCAUUUAGACAUCCUGGAUGGAUGAACACUGAAUCACCAGUACCCAAUCAAGCGGUCUCGUGGAGUUUGCCAGGCAUGACACCAAAUCCAACGCAUGCUUCAGCAGUCAUUUCCUCACAACUACCGACAGCCAACAUGUCAUACAAACUGCCCAUGGAGCCAAACGUUCAGUAUCAGCAUGUUGGGUACCUACCAACACCCAUAGGGGUCCUACCUCAGUGGGACAUCGAUGGGAACAUCUCCCAAGAGAACAUUCAGCCACCAAUAAUUCCAGCUCCAAUGAUCCCAGUUCCAAUCGUUCCCCCACCAGCUGCUCGUCCACCUUCAGCUCGUCCACCACCGACUCAUCCACCGUCAGCUCGUCCACCUUCAGCUCGUCCACCACCAACUCAUCCACCGUCAGCUCGUCCACCUUCAGCUCGUCCACCACCAACUCAUCCACCACCGAAUCGUCCACCUUCAGCUCGUCCACCACCAACUCAUCCACCACCGAAUCGUCCACCGUCAGCUCAUCCACCUCCGACUCAUCCACCUUCAGCUCGUCCACCUUCAGCUCGUCCACCUUCAGCUCGUCCACCUCCGAAUCGUCCACCUUCAGCUCGUCCACCACCGACCCAUCCACCACCCACUCGUCCACCGAGCACUACACCUUCAAAUCCCUUGUCAGGCCCAAAAGUUCAAAAUUCCUCCACCCUAAACUCAGAACAUAGCCUUCAGACAGCUCAUAAUAGGCCUGGUCGUCUGACACACAUACAACCAAUGAACCCUCAUCGCCAAACCUCCAAUGCAUUGGUUACCCACACGGACCAUCAAGGACAUGGACAACCCGCGAGCAGCGGUGUGAGUGGUGUGACCAACACUGGAAACGAUUGCUAUGCCCUGGCACUGUUUCAAGUGCUCGUACACAUUGUACCUUUUCGUGACCUCCUGAUUGGUCCCAAGAGGCUGCAGCAACAUUCAAGGAGUGCGGAUGAAGUUUUGGAUUUGUUGAGACGCUUUGCCUCAGAGAGAGACAAGUCAACCGCAGUCCCUGCCUCAUAUCCUACAAUGAAGAAGAUUUUAUUCCAGCAUAAAUUGGUUGACAGUGCAGUGACACAGCAAGAUCCCCAGGAAUUGUUUGACAGGUUGGUGAAGCAUUUGGACCGACUGGCUCCUCUUCAGUCGGCGUCUCAAAUAUUCAACAUCGCAGUGGUCAGCCGUGUAUUGUGCCCGGCUUGUUCAUUCGCUUUCGUGGACAUGGCUGAUACUGGGAUCUAUCCAGCAUUGUUCCUCCGCCCGGGUCACUCAACAUCCGCCGAGAUGCACGGACGGGAGGUUUUGGACAUGGUUGAACAAAGCCUCAUUGACUCAACUUCAUUGAAGACACAUCGAUGUAAAGAAUGUGGACACAAGUUCCAUGCCAAAGGGAAGGCCAGUAUCCCUCAGAUUGGACAGCUAGUCUGCUUAAACAUCAUCUGGAACACCUCGUCACAUAGUGCUGGGUCGGAAACUGCCAGUGCUCGCAUCAAGCGCAAUGUUGAAUUCCACAUUCCAAGGCGAUCACCUCUGUCUGCAUUCAUUGAAGCUGAAGGAGAGGGUCCUGAAUUUGAGCUGAGAGGGAUAGUGUGUCGGAUUGGGGAAAGCGUGCAAAACGGUCAUUAUAUCGCAAUCGUGCCAUCCAACAGUGAAGAAUUUUGGUGGGUGAUUGAUGAUGCCACAGUCACAACAUGCCCUUCACCUAAAGUAGCAGCGUUUAGCCAAGGCCGGUAUCCGACACUGCUUAUCUACGAAAACAUAGGAAUUCCAGAACCCAAGACAUUUCCGGCACACGUCCAGUAUACUACGCAGACGCCCUACAUCCAGCCCAUGCUAUACACGGCACUGCCAACGAAGGAUACCCAUUCUGUGUCGAAAACUUCCGCGCCCGCCCAGUCAGUCAAUCACUUUGGUGAAGAAUCCAUGGAUUCUCCACACCUAUCAGAUCGACUUGGACAUCCGAAUCCUGUCGACGGUGUUACACGAUCAGCUCAUGGAGGAAAGCAAGUCAGCGGGACCACGUCUACACAACGAAUCACGGCCCCUGGUCCACACUCAAAUGCACAAAAAAUCACUUGGUACCAGAAGCCUGAACGCGACUCUGGUCACACCAACAAUGCUGCUGUUGUAUCAGCGGUCCUUGACAGAUAUCAGAAAGUCCAGUGGGUGAUUCCAGAUGCGAACGCUGUCAGACAAAAUAUGAUCUCAAUGUCAUCGGGAUCGCCCUCUUCCACAUAUACAUUCCCGCUGUCUAGGAAGUUCUUCGCCAUUCUCCGCAGGCGAUUAGCCGAAAAUCGUGACCGUCCGGGGUUACGUGCGGGGGUAAUAUGUAGCUCAAACCGAUCAGCUGUAAUAAGUGAAAAGAUAUUUGAAGAUGUGCACAAGUUGACUAAGUGGUGGAGUAGUUUUUACAUAGACACAAUAUGUGUUAUUACGAUUGACGUGUUAAAACGUCUUCUAAGGCAGGAAACAUGGCCUGUCACCCACACUCCAAGCUUAAUUAGCUGGCAGGAAAAUAAAGAUGGUGAACGAUGGUCACCAAAAUUACAAUGGAAUGACAAAUCACAGCUUCCGUGGCCGGCACUGGGGGGAGAUUCAACUUGGCGUCAUCGCACGAGUGUCAGUGUGGUAUAUGACCAUCCUGAGCUCAAACGUAAAUGGACCACUCUCUUGAAUGAUCGAUUGAAGUACGAGCUAGAGCAAGGAUGGGUUGAGGAAAGUGCCAAUGAAAAUUGGUUGUUUGCGCCGAAUACGGAGGCCCUUCGCCAAGGACUACAUUGGAUCAACCAACAAGAUACUUACAGCUGCGGUCCACUGGCUACUGCGGCUGCCAUGAUGGUGGCCCAAGGGAUCCGCCCUUGUCGAGAAAAUCUUGGUCUGGAAAAGGAUCUAUAUUUAAAGGAGCACGCAACGUUACUGCGGGAUUCGAUUCUGAUGGUAUUCCUCAAUGAGCAUCUGAGGUGGGCAGUAGCCACAUGGGCGGAAUUUGAGGUGUCACCAUGGAUUUGUGACCCAAUUGUAAUGGAGGAGAUGAAAAAUUGGAAUGAGGCUUUCCAGAAGCGAGGUAGUAGAUAUAUGAUAGCAUAUCGGUGA